AUGCAAGCAUGGCUAAAGUUGGGUCCUGGCGUUCUUCUCCUGCUCCUGCUGUCGGAGGCAAGGUCCACCGAUCCCUCCGUCCCCACACCAUGCACCAAGUUCGAAGUUGACAAGCGCUGCAUCCUUGGGCACGAGGGCUCGGUGAACUCCUUGGACAUCGCAGACGGCAGACAUCUCCUGCUAUCUGGAAGUGAGGAUGGAACUGUAAGGGCGUGGGACACGCGGACUGCAAGAUGCGUGCUGCUGUUGUCCUCGGAAGUCGUGGCACGAGGUAUUCCCCAGAAGGCAGUGACAUCGGUAGCGCUGUCUCGUGGGAGUGAUUACAACGUCUACUUUGCAGCUGGAAGCAACGUGUUAGCUUUCGACACCAGAUACCCGAAGGCGCCGGAAAAGGUUGUACAGACAGAGCUGAAAAAGGAUUCAUCGACGGUCUCAGAGCAUACGAUAAGAAAGAUCGCGAUAGAUUAUAACAGCAAGUAUCUAGCUGCAGCAGAUGAUGGAGGGGAGAUCCACGUCAUAGACUUACAACGUCUCAGCCGCAAGAUUUGCACUCUACAAGGAAGACAUGAGGGCAAGGCGACUUGUUUGAGAUGGAGGACACCCCUGCCUCUCUGGCAGCAUGAUCUUGUGUCAGGUGGACAGGACAGUCGAUUGCUACUGCAUGGCCACAAUGAAUCUAGUACCUUUCCAGAGGGCUACAAAACCUAUUCACACGUCCUUGAAGACAUGAUUCCGAGGAAGGUCAAGAAUGCGUUGAUCAAGAAGGGCAGAAUCCAGAAGGGGCAAAAAAACCCAGAGGUGGAGUGUCUGGAUGUCUCAGCGGACGGGAAAACAGUGGCAUUGGGAGCAGGAGAUGGAACGUUGAGAACAUUCUCGCUGCUGUAUGACAACGAAAUCGUGAAAGAGUAUGUCUUCAAACAAACAAAAGGUUGCUUGUUCUCUGUUUCUCCUGCCUCUACUGAUGAAGGCUCUCGAGACGGAAGGCUCCAGCUGUGGAACCUCGUGGAACCUCGAACGUGCGCACCUGAUGCGCACUUGAUAGGAGAUCAGCUGAUCUUGCUCGAAAUCAUGCAUGGACAGAAGCCGUGA